CACAUUAAUUAUGAACCUGUAUAUAGUAGUUCUUAGUAGUUCUCUGGGAGGUAUGAAAAAACAGCUUUUGGCAGCUGAAUAUGUUCAAGAACGCAUCUGCCAACACUGUCUUACUGCAGAGGCCAUUGUACGGUGCAGGGACUGUCUACCUAGGCAGUUUCUAUGCACCGUGUGUGAUGGAGAUGUUCAUCAGCACUUACCUCUCCAUAACAGAGACUCUAUGGCCCAUGGGUUCUUCACGCCAUUGUGUCCAACCACUGCAGUGAAGAGACAUUCCGAGGCCAUCGAGUUCUCUGAACAGGUUCGAUAUCUUCCACUACUUUUGCCAGAGAAAAUUUGUGCCUGUUCAGAAAGUUCCUGCAGGUUGAUCAGUGGCAAGCCCAUUAUUGUAAUAAAUUUUAAUGGACGGUACAAUCUCACCCUUCCAUCACUGGAGACCUCAUGCUGUGGGAAAACAUGGGCAGUGGGGCUCAGUGAUCUUCUCAAGUCUGGGUACUGGCCAGCCUCUAUACAUUUUGAGACCGUGUAUGAGGCUGGCCUUUUUAGGUCUUUUCUGGAUUUAAAACUUUUUGCUCCAGGUCUUUCACAUCAAGCGUUCCUUGGAAUGCUUGACCGGAGAACAGAGUACAAUGGCAGGAGUGGUAAAAUAUGUGGAGACACAUUCCAGAAAGCCUUGCUGGAGUGGACCUUUGCCCAGCAUGAGGUUGAGAGGCUUUGUGGUGUACAGCCAUUUAAAUGUCCUGCUUGCAGUCCUUCCAUGCAUGCCAUCUCAGUGGAUGGUAACAGGAAGCUGUACAGGUUCCAUAAUGCACAUGGCACAGAGAAGGGCUACUUCGAUGGGACAUUUAUAAUGAAGGAUGAAGAUGUUUCAUCCUUUGUGGGAUAUGUUCAUGAAAAGACCAAGCAUGCCACAGGUAAAGGGGUGUGUGGCUCUUCUCAAUGGACAGCAGCCAAGGAGUCUGCAAAAAAGUCGACAUCAAAGAUUGAUGAGGAAGGCCUUGAGAUUGCUGUGUGCCGACAUGGAGGACUUUUAAAAGGCCUAAAUAUGUUCAGAGGGGAAAUAUUUGCUUAUCCCCUGUUCCUUCAAAACACCCUCUCAAAAGAAAAUGUGUCAUUCUUCUGCUCAGAUGUCGCCUGCAAGUACUGGCCAUACUUAAAGAGAGUGGUGGGACACUGUCCAGAGCUAAGGCCUUUAUUAAAUAUGCGCCCACUAUUAUCAGUUAUGCAUGCCAAAGCACAUGAGUGGAGUUGUGAGAUAAAAUGGUCUGGAAGAAACCAAGAGGGAGCUGGUCUUACAAUUGGAGAAGAGGUGGAGCAAGUCAACUCCUUCUUGUCAAGAGCUGCAAUUUGCACUAAAUACAUGUCCAAAGCUGCACGUUCAGACAUGCUCACUGUUCUUGCUUCUGCAUGGAACAAACGGAAGUCUGAAAAUCUGGCCAAAUGUUUGUCUCAAAGAUACAUUAAGACAACCGAAAGGCUGAAAGUGGAAAGAGAGAGCUUUGAAAGUCUGCAGGCUGAGCUUAAUGUCAGUGAUGAUGACAUUCAGCAGUGGGUCAGUGAUGUCCAGCAGUGGGCCACAGUAUCAAGUGCAAAGGAGGACACUGGACUUGAGGGCAGAAUUCGAGGCCUUUAUGUCAGCAUAAAGCUGAGAAAAAUUAAUCUAUACCGUCAGACAGAUAGCAACAAGAGAAGGCACAAAAUAAGGAGGAAAAUUAAUGAAGACAAGUCAACCUUGGCAGCUGCCAUUAAGGACUUCAAUGAACAAUCAGUCCACCAGCUUCCUUCCGUGGAUGAACUGCUCACAGCUGAUCAUUUCCAAUGGCCAUGGGAAUGCCCUGACACUAGUAAUGGCAACCUCUCAACUAAGAAGAUGGUCUUUGACCGGUUCAUGAUGCUUUCCCGACUGAAGGAGGAGGAGCAGAUCAUAGUGACGGAGGUGAAGCAACACUGGCAAUCAUUGAAGGAAGCUGAAUGUUCCCUGAGGGAUCUCUCAGUUCAAAUACAAACUAACAACAGUGACUUUGAGCUUUCAGAGGAGAGUGCCAAUGGACUACUGUGCCUUCUCAAGAGAAAAAUGGAAGACCUUCAGUUUCUGCAAAAUAAUGCUAGGAUGUUAUAACGACAAUGUGUUCUGGGACAGGCUUCGGACAGCAUUCUAUUUGAUAACAUUUCCUAUAAAGAAACUGAGGCAAUAAACUACAGCUCUGAUGAAACAGACAGUGAUGAGGACUAAACCUGAGUAUAUAGAAUAGACAGAUACUGAAGAACUAUUUUAAUAAGCUGUAUUUCUUUUUCUUUUUCUUUUUUCACUGUGAGAAACAUUUUAGCAUAUUAACAGAAUCUAUUUAAUAUUUUCCCAUCCUAAUGGAAAUGAGAUUAAGGUUCAGCAGUACAAGUUUUGACUAUUAUUUUUGAAUCUUUAAAUGUGUUUGUGUAUGUAAGACAGGUGUUUCACUCCACGCAUUUUUAUAGUCUUAUAAACAGCCAUACAACCUCCAUCCCUAUUAAUUAUAUUCUAUUAUUUCCAUUUUCCUUAGCUCUCAUGGGACCAUACAGUGUAUAUCUGUGAGGGGUGUUUUGCAGUGUGUACAUAUCUUAUAUUGAUAGAAAGUAUAUAAGGAUACAUAACGUUUUCACCUAAUAAUUUUUUUUCCUUACUGUAAGCAAAAUAAAAUACUUGUACAGUGAUCUACAAAAACAGUCUUGUCUUUUUAUCUCCUCUCUGUUCAGGCAGGUUUUGCAUGUAAUGUGCAGAUAAUUCUGCAGUAUAUUCUCUUUUGACUAAUACUGUUCUGAUAAAUACUAUGACAUAGUCAGUGCAGUUCUUACAAAUUGUAGUCUGUUACUAAUUCCAAAUUACAUGACAAAUUGUAUCCAUUACAUUACACAUUUAAGGUAAUAGACUAUGAUUUGUAUUUGAUAUGUUUAUCUGCAUGUCAUGUGACCAUUAAUGUACAUCAGAGAAUAAAACUUAUUAUUAUUUUAUUUUUGACCUAACUUAACUAAAAAUCUCAGCGCUUACUUCAAGUAAAAUUAUUAGUAGGUCAAAGAGGUUCAUCUGACAAAAAUUGUGGAGAAACACUGCAUUGCAUGUUAAUAUGAAAUGACGUGAAUUUGUACAUUUUAGUGUGUUUAAAAGACAAAAGCCUUCCAAGGACAGUGAUACAUGGUUAAAUGACUCAGUGUUAUUCAAUUAAUAAUGUUUACAUCAUAAUUAGUUACUACCCAACAAUCAACAAUGAUUAUACAAUGUAGAAUUGCAUUUUAGGUAAUAGUCUAAAUAUAGUUGUCUUAUGCCACAAUUCAGAAUCUUGAAUUAGCAUUUUAUUUAUAAUGUCUUGGGUUAGGGUUAGGGUUAGAGCUGUCCUAAUGCAAGUAACCAAGAAAAUGUAAAAAAUCAUCCAGAAUGUGGACUAUUUUAUCAGUGUUUUUAAAUACAUCAACCCACCUGAUUUUCAUGUUGUAUGCUAUAAUGUAAUCAAUCAAUGCUAAAUUUAGUACUAAAUCAGCAUGUCAAGACCAGUUGUGUUCAUUUGAAGUAUAACUGAUUAUAUUACAGUGAUUGGUUAUUAAAUUAUAAAGUACAAUGACAUUCUUUUGUUGGUCCUUUUGACGUGAAGAAUGAGAAAGCAUGAGUUAAGUAUUACAAGCAAGGCCCAACACUGGAUAAGGAUGUGUAAUAGUGCAAUGAAGUGUCACAAUAUGUAUUGGUUGUUUAAAUUGGUGUCUUUGUUUACUGUAAACACUGUAUUCUUGUUCUUGAUCUAAUUAAAUAAACGGAAGCCCAUUCCAAAUGGGCAUUUAUGAUGA